AUGGCUAAAGCCAUGUUCUACGUGUUCAUUGGCUUCAUCGCCGCCCGAAUGCCGCUACCCACGCAAGGGAUCAUUCUGGGAAUCUUGCUUGGCAUCAUACUAUACGACCUCCGUGAUCCGUCCAUUGAAUUCGAUGAAGACCAAGAACCUCCAAUUGCGGCAUCCGAAUGUUUCGAGGCUCUCGAGGAGGUGAAUGUGACCCCAGCCCCGCCACGUCCACCACUACGCCGGCGCUUAUGCUUCGUCCUCGGCCCCAAGGGCAUGACAUUGGAGCCCAUACCUGCCGCCUCAGCAUCCGACUCAUCUUCUGCACCCCAAUCCGAAGAACUCGUCACGGUGGGUGACGUAGAAGCCCCAGCGCCGUCUAUAGAGGAGGAGACAGCCCUGCAGUACUUCGAACAGCGAGCCUGUGAACAGAAGAACUCGGUAAGCUUCCCUGAAUACAGCAUUCUCGCGUCAAAGGCAGGGCUAAUCCCCACAAAGCUUAAGGAUCGCUUCGAAGUUGAAACCGAUGACGAGGAGGGCACUGUGAAGCUCAUGCUCCGAAACAUCAAGAUGCGAGGGGAGGGUGUCCGAGUCGAAGUGAGCUACUCCCAGCUCUCUGACCUUAAGAACACGACACCAGCGACAUCACAGACGCCGGCCCCACGGCCAGAGCCAUCAGCCACGACUGAUGUCCAUGGCGUCCGGUCGGCCGUCAACUCAUCCCCAUACGUGCCAGCAACGCCGUCCUGUUCGAGCUCGUGUGCUUCCACAACCCCAUCCUUCUCGGGAGUGCAGUCCUCCACACCAAGACCAACACCAUGCGGCGAUAUCACAGGAAUCACGACACCCGACAAGCAAAGCAAUCAAAUAGCUCCAAGCAGACCCUCUGUGCUCCCGACCAGCGGGAGAGCGGGCUCAUUUCUGGAGGAGAUCGACGAAAAGCUGCUGGCCGUCCCUGCGGACGCGGUCAGCAGGAGACUGCUUCGGGACGGAAGAGCCAUACUGCAUCGCAAUAGACGGCUUCCGAGGAACGGUUCUUUGGUGGGCGGAAUAUCUACUCACCAGGCUGGCUCGGCCGAGAGUGGGCAGGUCAGUCGGAGAGCGAGGACUGGGUAUCCCAGUGAAUUGAUGGAGUAA